AAGCAAGAACUCGUUGCAGACAUGGCUCCCAAAAGAAAGGCAGUCAAGCUCGAGGCCGAGUCGGACGAAGCUUUUCAGGAGUUGUUCCAGCCGGAGUACAGAGGGAAGAAAUUGACCGAUGAGAUCAACACUGCGGAAGACAAGUGGAACCUAUUACCAGCAUUUUUGAAGGUGAAGGGAUUGGUCAAGCAGCAUUUGGAUUCAUUCAACUACUUUGUGGAUGUGGACUUGAAAAAGAUCAUCAGGGCCAACGAAUUGGUGCUUUCCGACGUAGACCCUGAGUUCUACUUGAAGUACUUGGACAUCAGAGUUGGCCACAAGUCUUCUUCGGCUCCUGGAACAAAGGAGGUUAUUUUGCCUCCUCACGAAUGCCGUUUGCGUGAUUUGACAUAUUCGGCACCGAUUUACGUUGAUGUAGAGUACACCAGAGGCCGCAAGAUCAUUAUGCAUAAGGACUUGGAGAUUGGUAGAAUGCCCGUUAUGCUCAGAUCCAACAAAUGUAUCCUAGACGGCAUCAACGACAAGCAGAUGGCCAAGUUUGACGAGUGCCCAUUGGAUCCCGGUGGAUAUUUUGUUGUUAACGGUACAGAAAAGGUCAUCUUAGUGCAAGAACAAUUGUCCAAGAAUAGAAUCAUUGUGGAGGCUGAUGAGAAAAAGGGUAUAGUGCAAGCUUCAGUCACUUCGUCUACCCACGAACGUAAGUCCAAAACUUAUGUAAUCACCAAAAACGACAAGAUUUACUUGAAGCACAACUCUAUAUCUGAAGAUAUUCCAAUUGUCAUUGUGCUCAAGGCUGCUGGGAUCACUUCUGACUUGGAAAUCUUACAAUUGGUAUGUGGAUCCGAUCCACAGUACCAGGACUUGUUUGUAGUUAACUUCGAAGAGGCAGCCAAGUUGGAAGUUUUCACUCAACAGCAGGCUUUAAACUAUGUAGGCAAGAGAGUUAAGACCAUCAGAAGAGCCGGUGCCGCUAAGUUGUCUGUUUUGCAAGAGGGUAUUGAAGCCAUUGCUACCACGGUUAUUGCUCAUAUAACUGUAGCUGAUUUACAGUUCCGUGAGAAGGCAUUGUACAUCGCUACCAUGGCCAGAAGGGUGGUUAUGACUAUGCACAACCCCAAGAUGGUUGACGACAGAGACUAUGUCGGUAACAAGAGAUUGGAGUUGGCAGGCCAGUUAAUGUCUUUGUUGUUUGAAGAUUUGUUUAAGAAGUUCAACUCUGACUUUAAGGCUAACAUCGACAAGAUCUUGAAGAAGCCCAGCAGAACAUCAGAGUUUGACGCCUUACUUUCGAUUAACAUCCACUCCAACAACAUCACCAUGGGAUUGAACAGAGCCAUUUCCACCGGUAACUGGUCAUUGAAACGUUUCAAGAUGGAAAGAGCUGGGGUUACCCAUGUCUUAUCUCGUUUGUCGUAUAUCUCUGCUUUGGGUAUGAUGACACGUAUUUCAUCUCAGUUUGAGAAGUCCAGAAAGGUGUCUGGUCCCAGAGCGUUGCAACCUUCCCAGUUUGGGAUGUUGUGUACUUCUGAUACGCCAGAAGGUGAAGCCUGUGGUUUGGUUAAGAACUUAGCCUUGAUGACACACAUCACCACAGAUGAUGAGGAGGCACCUAUCCGAAAGUUGUGUUACGUCUUAGGUUGUGAAAACAUCUUAGGAAUUGACUCGGCUACUUUGCAUUCUCAAGGUAACUUUGGUAUAUAUCUUAACGGUACCUUGAUAGGAACAUCCAGGUUCCCUUCCAAGUUUGUGACAGACUUCCGUCGAUUGAGAAGAACGGGCAAGAUCUCGGAGUUUGUCUCCAUCUAUACUAACACUCACCAAACUGCUGUUCACAUAGCUACUGAUGGGGGAAGAAUCUGUCGUCCCUUGAUAAUUGUCAAGAACAACGAGCCCAUGGUGAAGGCUGAGCAUUUACUCAAAUUGAGACAAGGCGAAUGGGCUUUUGAUGACUUUUUGUCUCACGGGCUAGUCGAGUAUCUUGAUGUUAACGAAGAAAACGACUCAUUGAUUGCAUUAUACGAAAAGGACUUAGAUCCUUCUCAGCCCGUAACCCAUUUGGAAAUCGAGCCCUUCACAGUGUUAGGUGCUGUGGCUGGUUUGAUUCCAUACCCACACCAUAACCAGUCACCCAGAAACACAUAUCAGUGUGCGAUGGGUAAACAGGCUAUAGGUGCAAUUGCCUACAACCAGUUCAGGAGAAUCGACACCUUGUUGUACUUCAUGGUUUAUCCACAACAACCUAUGGUCAAGACCAAGACCAUCGAGUUGAUCGAUUACGACAAGUUGCCGGCCGGUCAAAACGCUACGGUGGCUGUGAUGUCAUAUUCUGGGUACGAUAUCGAAGAUGCCUUGGUGUUGAACAAAUCUUCCAUCGAUAGAGGGUUCGGACGUUGUCAGGUCGUUCGUAAAAACACCAUACAAUUGAAGAGGUACCCCAAUCAUACUAAGGAUAUUGUUUCUGGUAUGAGAGUUGACGAAGACGGUGAGCCCAUUUUCCCCCACAAGGCUUUGGGACCUGAUGGAUUGGGAGAAAUCGGUGCCAGGGUGGAAAAUGGCCAAGUUUAUGCCAAUAAGUUUGUUCCUACAAAUGCUGGAGAGUCUGUCUUGGGCCAUAAUGAACAAAUGGCCGGAGCUGAGUCUCAUCGUGAAGCUGCAGCUUACUACAAGGGCCCAGAGCCUUCGUACGUAGACCAGGUGAUGAUGUCUGUCAGUGACAAUGACCAGGCCUUGAUCAAGGUAUUGUUGCGACAGACCAGAAGACCAGAGUUAGGUGAUAAGUUUUCGUCUAGACAUGGUCAAAAAGGUGUUUGUGGUAUCAUUGUUCAACAGGAAGAUUUGCCUUUCAACGACGAUGGUAUUUCUCCCGAUAUCAUUAUGAACCCACAUGGUUUCCCAUCACGUAUGACGGUGGGCAAGAUGAUCGAGUUAAUAUCAGGAAAGGCUGGUGUUUUGAACGGAUCUCUCGAGUACGGUACUUGUUUUGGAGGAUCCAAGCUUGAGGACAUGUCCAAAAUCCUCGUAGAGAAGGGAUUCUCGUACUCGGGUAAGGACAUGUUGUAUUCGGGUAUUACUGGUGAAUGUUUACAGGCCUACAUUUUCUUUGGACCUAUUUACUAUCAGAAGUUGAAGCAUAUGGUUCUCGACAAGAUGCACGCUAGAGCCAGAGGGCCAAGAGCAGUCUUGACCAGACAACCUACAGAAGGUAGAUCUAGAGACGGUGGGUUGAGAUUGGGAGAAAUGGAGAGAGACUGUGUCAUUGCCUACGGUGCAUCUCAGUUGUUGUUGGAACGUUUGAUGAUUUCGUCUGAUGCGUUCGAGGUCGAUGUAUGUAACAAGUGUGGAUUGAUGGGCUACAACUCGUGGUGUACCACAUGUAAGAGUUUCGAACAUGUCAUCAAGAUGACGAUUCCAUACGCGGCCAAAUUGUUGUUCCAGGAGUUGUUGUCGAUGAACAUUGCACCACGGUUGAAGCUUGGGGAUGUGUUCUAGAGCAUUUACUUAAUGUAUAAUAGUAAUAUAGUAAAGUAUCAUCGUAUAUAGUAUUAGAGAAAUGGUAUUAAAUUAUUCAAUUGUAGGUGAU